UGAUAACAAAAUUCAAAAUUAAUUUCAACUUUGACCUUCACUCAGUCAAAAAACAAAAAUCUAGCUAGAAGAUCAUAUCAAGAUUAAGAGAGAAUGGACUUACCUGAAGAUUUGUCUUGCCUCAAAAGACCAGCUCUACAGGCUCUUUGUAAGAGGCAUGGUAUCAAGGCUAAUGGGAAGAACACGGACAUGAUAAAGACCCUUGAGAGAAUCAGGAGUGAGACUGUUGAAGCUCAAACCGUUAAAGCUCAAACCGUUGAAGCUCAAACCAACUCUGAUGCUGAUGACCAACCAGGGCCGUCCCCUGUUGUUGAGGAGUCAGGUGACUCCCCAUUUGCUGUGGCAACAAAAAUCGUGAGAAAGAAGAAGGCUGGACGAAAGGGAAUGAAACGGAAGACCAGAAGUGGAAGCAAUAAAGAGAGAAAAUGUUUGUCAAGUUUGACUGAGUCCAGUGCUGACUCUUCUGCUGCCAGUGACCUAUCCGAACUAGCCUCAGAGGACCCAAUCCUGAAACCAACUGAUUCGACGGGCAUGGGUGACACGCCCUGUGACAAUAAGCCCACUUCCCGUAAGAGAAAGAGGCGAAACACCCACAGCGUAUCGCCCAACUCUAGCUUCUGCUCACUACCAAAGAUCCCUCGAUUAGGCCCUACCAACGAUGACUUCACAUCGUGGGGGAGCCCACCCAACACACCAAUGCAAACUGGCGAUUCAGAUAGCAAUUCAGGUGAUAAAAACACAUCGGAUUAUGUCGACAAAGAAGACAAUAUUGUGACCAGGCCACCAAUUUCUCCACCAACUGAGAACUCUGGUUCUAGGAAACGAAAGCGGAAUUCCACCUUUGUGGUUAGCCCCUCACCGAGCAAAAUGGAGACGGGAGCACCAGAAGAGAAAAGUGAGAGUGGCUAUGAUGUCAUGGCUGAGCUACAAAACAUACUGGACAAAAAAGUCCAAGAAAGAAAGCAUGCCCCGGACUACAAGCCAGUGCACAGCGUGGGCAAACUCUUCUCCAGACUACCAGUCAAGACCAAUACCGAAAGAAAGUUUGAUAAGGCUCACUCAAGUCAUUUCAAAAAGAUGAAAUCCAUCGUGUCUGUGGUGGAGGAUAAAAAGAGAAAACAGUCGACUGGCAGAGUGCCUUCUUGUGCCAAGAAACCCAGGUUGAGCAGUUCUGUAGUCAGAGCCCCCCUGCACACCAAUCCCUCCACCCACAAGUCCCCCGCUAGGAGGAGGGUAACCAGCAGCAUAAACAGUGAAGUUUUCAAGCCAACCAACACCACUACUAAAAAGAUGAACGUCAAAUUCUCUGAGCUCUCCAAAUCUACCAACAACCCUACAGUCCAAUGCUGCUCUCCCCACCCAGGGUUUCAGCUCAAGACACCCAAGAAAGUAUUAGUUGUUAAGAAGACCCCCUCCAAGAAAUCAUACAAUCUGGAGGAGUCCCUCAGGAAGAAACCAGCCUACAAACCAUACACAGGUCCAGUGCCUAAGUUUGGAACAGCUCAACAUUGAAAUCUGCUGAAGAACUCGAGCCUUGGACUCAUUUUCAUUUUUGUACAUUCCAUGCAAUUACGUGUAUUAUAUAAAUUAUGUGUUUGUGUUCAUACCAUUGCGGAAUAUUAUAGAUAUAAUUAUAUAAACACUUUUGUCUUAUUAUUGUCCAGUAUUAUUGAUGUCAAAUCUUGUUA